AUGUCGGUCCUGACCCGCUCCCUUCCUCGGAGUCACGCUGUUCGCCGUACAUUGGCGACCCACGCUUCUGCGCCGGCCAAGAACUACCCCUCCAUCACGCCGCCGUACGCGCAUCUGCUCAAGCAACUCGCGCUCACCAACAAGGUGCUCAACGACCGACCCUUGACCUUGGCCGAGAAGAUUGUUUAUUCUCAUUUGGACAAUGUCGAGGAGGCACUUGCGGGUGGGGAUCCGGUUCGAGGCGAAAAGUACCUCAAGCUCAGGCCGGACCGAGUUGCGAUGCAAGGUCAGUCACCAGUGUCCUCUUGGGGCAUCGGGGCUUGACAGGACAGCUGGUGCAAGGUACAGAGUGCUGAAGCAUGAAGAUCAUUAAUGCAACAGACGCCUCGGCUCAGAUGGCACUGCUCCAGUUCUCGACCUGCGACCGACCGACAACCGCCGUGCCGACCUCGAUCCACUGCGAUCAUCUCAUCUCGGCCUACCAAGGCGCCGAAGCGGAUCUCAAGGUGAGGAGCAGACAAGGAAUGAUGGUGCAGAUGCGUAUAGACACUGAGCAAGGAAUGUCUGCCCGCGAAUCCACAGAAAGCCAUCGUUAGCAACAAAGAAGUCUUUGACUUUCUCGAAUCCGCAGCCAAAAAGUACGGAAUCGAGUUCUGGGGACCCGGAUCGGGCAUCAUUCAUCAAAUCGUGUUGGAGAGUGAGUAGAGAGAGAGAUUACACCCGUUCUCUUCCCAAGUGCUCACUGAGAAUCACUUGAGAACCUGACAGACUACUCCGCCCCCGGUCUCUUGAUGCUCGGAACUGACUCGCAUACGCCCAACGCUGGAGGUCUCGGAGCCAUCGCGAUCGGUGUGGGAGGAGCAGAUGCUGUCGAUGCCAUGACCUAUACGCCGUGGGAGCUCAAGGCUCCCAAGAUCAUCGGUGUCGAGCUCAAGGGGCAGCUCUCGGGAUGGUGCUCGGCCAAGGAUGUCAUUCUUGAAGUCGUUGGUCGUUUGACCGUCCGAGGGGGAACGGGUCACAUCAUCGAGUACUUUGGUGAAGGUGUAGAGAGCCAGUCCGCGACAGGUCUGGCCACGAUUGCCAACAUGGGCGCCGAGAUGGGUGCCACGACCUCAACUUUCCCUUACACCGCCGCGAUGCGCUCCUACCUCCAUGCCACGAACCGAGGCCCCGUCGCCGAUGCGGCCGACAAAGCCCAAGCCCAAGGCUUCUUGUCCGCCGACAAGGGCGCUCAAUACGACCAACACAUCGUCAUUGACCUGUCGACGCUUGAGCCCAAACUCAACGGCCCCAACACCCCCGAUCUCUCGACCCCUCUGAGCAAGUUUGGCUCCUUUAUCCAGGAGAAGGGAUGGAAGGACGAGAUCUCGGCGAGCUUGAUUGGGUCGUGCACCAACUCGAGUUACGAGGACAUGUCACGUGUUGCGAGCAUUGCUAGGCAGGCCAAAGCCAAGGGCUUGAAAAUGAAGACUCCUUUCAUGAUCACCCCUGGGUGAGAUGUCGCAUCAUGAACCCUCAGCAUAUCCUGGUGAAAACCACUAACGGACAAUUCUUACUUGCACAGCUCCGAGCUCAUCAACGCGACGAUCGAGCGCGACGGCAUCAAGGCCGACCUUGAGGCCGUCGGCGGUGUCGUACUGGCCAACGCAUGUGGCCCCUGCAUCGGCCAAUGGGACCGCAAGGAGAUGAAGGGCGAGGAGAACGCGAUCCUGACCUCCUUCAACCGCAACUUCCGUGCUCGUAACGACGGCAACCGCGACACGAUGAACUUCCUCACUUCGCCCGACAUCGUCACCGCCAUGGCUUUCUCCGGCAAGCUUUCGUUCGAUCCCCGCCACGACGAGCUGAUUGACUCCGAGGGCAAGCCCUUCAAGUUCGACCCUCCGACAGGCGACAAGCUUCCUUCCUCCGGCUUCACGGCCGGUAACACCUCUUACCUCCCUAGCCCGUUGCCCGAACCCGUGCCCGAAACCGAACUGGCAAUUUCGUCCAGCUCGACCCGACUUGAAUUGCUCGCGCCUUUCCACCCUCACUUUUCGCAAUCCGAGUUCAAUGACCCGUCCAAGAAGCUCGAGUUCAGGGAUCUGAGGUGUUUGAUGAGGAUUCGUGGCAAGUGCACGACAGAUGAAAUCUCGGCUGCUGGUGCAUGGCUAAAAUAUAAGGGCCACUUGUCCAAUUUGAGGUGAGUUUACACGUCUUAUCAUACCUACCCACUCCGAUAUGUCCUGAACAUGUGCUUGCUUCACAGUGAGAACACUUUAAUCGGUGCUACGAACGAUGAGAACGGCAAGAUUAACUCGGCUUUCGACUACGAGGACGGGUCCGAGGGCACCUUCCCCGAGAUCGCCAAAAGGUACAAGGCGCGAUCGCAACCCUGGAUGAUCGUCACCGAUGUGAGUCCACGGAUGCAAUUUCAGCCUGCUUAAGCACGAAGCUGACAAGGAUUGGUUUUGCUCAGCACAACUACGGCGAAGGUUCGGCACGAGAACACGCGAGUCUGCAACCACGCUUCCUCAACUGCAAAGUCAUCUUGGCGUAAGUUGAUCCGUCACAAGUUGCUCCGGACGGAGCAACAGCUGACAUCUACUUGGAUAUUACCAUAGACGCUCUUUCGCCCGUAUCCACCGAACAAAUCUCACCAAGCAAGGUGUCUUGCCCUUGACCUUCCUUGACGAGGCCGACUACGCGCUCAUCUCGGCCGGCGACAAGGUUUCGACGACUGGCUUAGACGCUCUGUUGCGAGGUGAUCUCUCGGCCGAGAUCAAGGUCAUCGUCGAGAAUAAGAAUGGGGAGAAGAAGGAGAUCAGGACCGAUCACUCGCUGUCCAAGGAUCAAGUUGAAUGGAUCGCCGCGGGGUCGGCGUUGAAUAUGAUAAAGGCUAAGGCCAAGGCUGAGGCUGCGAAGUCGUGCUAG